UCGAGUGCAUUUCAAUACCCAAAGAGUUCUAAGAGACCCCAAAAAAAAAACAGAAUGCUGCGAAAAGCCACCUAUCUGUUGUGUCUGUGCCUGGCCAGCGCCGUGUGGUCCAUUGAAUUGCAUCCGGAGCCGGAUUACGGCCCGGUGGCCUACGAGUUUCAGUGGGCGGUCAACGAUCCACACACCGGCGAUGUCAAGAGCCAGAAGGAGUCGCGCAAGGACGACAAGGUCGAGGGCGUCUACGAGCUAAUCGACUCCGAUGGCUAUCGUCGCAUUGUCCAAUACAAGGCCGACGAUCACAACGGCUUCGAGGCGAUUGUCCACCGUGAGCCGACGGACAUCAAGAUUCCGCUGCCUGAGCCGCCCAAGAAACUGCUGGCUGCCAAGAUCCUAGCUCCAGUGCUGCCGGUGGCUCCGCUCGUUCACUACGCUGCCCCCAAGGCGAUCGUCAAGCAUGAGUUGUCCUCCGGAAACUAUGUCUCGGUUUCCGGACCCACAGCCCAGUACAAGUACUAAAAGGAUCUAGACUUCAGCCUCACAAACCCAUCAGGAUCCCCGCCUCGACCUGGGAACGCUUCAUUGCCAUACAUCAUAAUUAAAUUAUAUUAAGGCCAUUAAUUGUACAUACAGACAGCAUACAUACAUUGAUAACUAACUAUAAAGAUGCAUCACAUUCAAU